CUGUGAAUAAGCGAAUUAUUAUUUAUUAUAUUAUUGUGGGUUUUGGUUCUUGUGUCCUCUCACCAUAAUUGUCAUCAUCGUCAAGGCGAAUGGGCGCGCGCUCGGCUUUGCUUGUGCGCGCACCUGCAGCAUCCAACAAUGUCCAGUUAUUGUUCACGUUCGUUAACAUUAUUAUUGUUGCUCUUUUGGGGAUUCUAUCACCGUGCUCUUCCUAUUCGGAUGCUGAGGCGCUCUUGAAGUUCAGGGCUUCAUUGAGAAAUGCGGUUGCCCUCAGCAGCUGGGAUCCAUCCAUAAACCCAAAGCCACCGUGCUCUGGCAACAUUGCCAGUUGGGUGGGUCUGUAUUGUAAUCAAGACAAAGUUUGGGGGUUACGCCUGGAGAGCAUGGGCCUCAACGGCAACAUUGACAUGGCUUCUCUCUCUUCAAUGCCCGCUUUGCGGAUGCUUAGCCUAAUGAACAAUACCUUUGCGGGUCCCUUGCCCAACAUUAAGAUGCUGCCCAAUUUGAAGGCCCUCUUCCUGUCCUUUAAUCAUUUCUCCGGAGACAUACCUGAUGAUGCAUUUGCAGGUUUGAGUCGAUUGAGAAAGCUUUAUCUGGCAAAUAACGAUUUCACCGGUAAAAUUCCUUCUUCCAUUGCCGCAUUGCCUAGUCUCCUCUACCUCAGGCUUGAUGCAAACAAUUUUCACGGCCAAAUUCCCGAUUUUCCACGCAGCAAUGGUUUAAAGACUUUCAACCUCGCUAACAAUGAUUUAGAGGGCCCCAUCCCAGCCAGUCUAAGCACCUUCGAUCCUACCUCCUUUAGCGGAAACAGACGUUUAUGCGGGCCACCACUGACAAAUCCUUGCCCACCAACUACAACAGGAAGCCAGGAUGGUCGAGGCAAAGAGCAGGUUAUGAAAACUGUAGUGAUUGUGAUCGGGGUGGGGGUGGUUGUAGCUUUCCUGGUUACAGUCUUAGUCAUAUGGCGCUUGAGACUCAAGUCCCGCGAUCUCAAUCAAAUAAAUAAGAAUGAGGUCCCAAAGUUCCAAGGCCAGACCUCCGACAAGUUCGUUCCUCCCGUUUACGUCAAAACCAAAAGCCUAGCGGAACAAAAUGAUGCUGCUACAACUCCUAAGCAGGUGCUCAGUUCUGUACAUUCCAAGAAGGUGGAGCAAGGCAAGCUCGCAUUCCUGAAUUGUGACACCGGACUCAAGUUUGAUUUGCAGGAUUUGUUAAGGGCCUCGGCCGAAAUUCUAGGCAGUAACACAUUUGGCUCUUCCUACAAGGCCGUUAUCCUGGACGGUCAAGCUGUGGUUGUCAAGAGGUACAAGCAAAUGAACAAUGUGCCGAGAGAGGAGUUCCAUGAGCACAUGAGAAGGCUUGGAAACCUCAACCAUCCCAAUAUUCUGCCCUACAUGGCCUAUUACUAUAGGAAAGAAGAGAAGCUCUUGAUCUCUGCCUAUGUUCAAAAUCGUUGCUUAGCCAGCCAUCUUCAUGGAAAUCACAAGAAUAAAAAGCAGGGGCUUGAGUGGCCAACCCGAUUGAAAAUAGUGAAAGGUGUGGCGAGGGGAUUGGCCUACCUAUACAACGCACUCCCAAGCGUUGUUACGCCUCAUGGUCACCUCAAAUCUUCCAAUGUGCUUUUGGAUGAAUCUUUUGAGCCCCUACUGACCGAUUAUGGGCUCAGUCCUUUGAUCAACCUUGAUCGUGCCCAACAAGUCAUCAUGCCUUACAGAUCACCCGAGUAUGCUCAACUUGGGCGUAUAACAAGGAAGACUGAUAUGUGGAGUUUUGGAAUUCUGAUUCUGGAGAUUUUGACAGGUAAAUUUCCAGAGAACUAUCUGGCACAGACACAUAACAGUGAUUCGGACAUUGCCAGUUGGGUCAAUACCAUGAUUACCGAGAAGCACACCAGCGACGUGUUUGACGCAGACAUGGGAGGAUUUGGCAAUAGUAAAGCUGAAUUGCUCAAACUCUUAAAGAUUGGCUUGAGUUGUUGCGAGGAGAACGUGGAAAGAAGGUUAGAUAUCAAGGAAGCUCUUGACCAAAUCGAAGACUUGAAGGAGGCUGAAAGUGAUGGAGAAUACUCUUCUACUACUUUAGUCACUUCCGACCGGGAUGCCUAUAGAGCCGUGUGAUUAAUUCGACUCUCACUUGCCGUUUUCCUUCACCGCAACUACCUACCUUGCAAAUUGUACGGCUGCAUAGAAGUUGGCUUUCCUCCAACAAUAUUAUACAUAAACUGAUAAAAGGAAAAAAAAAAACUGUUUAUUAACCUUGAAUUCUUCUAACUAAUUAAUUAGUUUUUAUGUUUGCUUUACUGGUUAA